ACGAGACGGCGCGAGCGAUUCAGGGGAGCGGAGUACCCAAACGUAAUUUCGGAAAGUUCUCGGGAGGAUGCCGAUAGAGAUGCCGCGGGGGCUCCCCUUCGCCGUCGACACGUGGGGCCCCUCCUCCUCCCGCCGCCGCCGCCACCGCUUCCUCACCCACGCGCACCGGGACCAUCUCGUCGGCGCCGCCGCCCCCGGAGAAGGCCCCCGCGCCGUCUACGCGACGCGGCUCACCAUGGCCCUCGCCCUCCGCCACUUUCCCCAGCAGCUUGAGAGGGAGGAGUUCGUGGAGAUGGAGGUGGGGAAGACGGUGGUGGUGGACGACCCCGCCGGCGGGUUCUCCGUGACGGCGUACGAUGCCAAUCACUGCCCUGGGGCGGUUAUGUUCUUGUUUGAGGGUCAGUUCGGUAGCAUUCUGCACACGGGGGAUUGUCGGUUUACAUCAGAUUGUGUACAGAAUUUGCCACUAAAGUACAUAGCGAAGAAAGGAAAAGAAAACGUUUGUCGUUUAGAUUUCGUGUUCCUGGACUGCACAUUUUCCAAAUGCUUCCUCAAGCUACCAAGCAAGGAAUCAGCUAUUCAGCAGGUUAUAGCUUGCAUAUGGAAGCAUCCCGAUGCUCCUUUCGUAUAUCUUGCUUGUGAUCUUCUUGGUCACGAGGAUAUCCUUGUUGAGGUGUCGAGGACAUUUGGAUCAAAGAUUUAUGUUGACAAGAGAAGGAGCUUGGAUUGUUUUCGAGCACUGUCUCUCGUGGCCCCUGAAAUCAUUACUGAUGAUCCAUCUUGUCGAUUCCAGGUUGUUGGAUUCCAGCACUUAUAUGACAAAGCAUGUACAGAGAUUGAAAAGGCAAGGACCAGUCUUCAGCCUGAACCUCUAUUUAUCCGUCCCUCAACACAGUGGUAUGCACACUGUGCUCAAAGCCAGAAACCCAGCCUAACAGAAGCUGUGAUGGACGAGUGUGGGGUUUGGCAUGUUUGUUUCUCUAUUCAUUCCUCGCGUGAUGAGUUAGAACAGGCCUUGCAACUUCUCCAUCCUCAGUGGGUAAUUUCAACAACGCCGCCAUGCUUUGCCAUGGAGUUGAGCUAUGUAAAGAAAAAUUGUUUCAAGACCCGCUUAACUGCUGAUGACCCACUAUGGAAGAUAUUCGGAUAUCCUCUCCAAAAGUCAGCAUCCUCUUCAUUGCGUGAUUCCGACAAACACACAAAUGAAGAUCAAUCAAUUUUUGUUGAAGAUGAUCAUGAUCAUUCAACCUCUCAUUGUGGCGAAGAAUGUACAAACUUUGAUGUCAGCACACUUGAACUGAAAUUUGUGCCAUCCCUUCCAGUUCAGGAACCGGAUAUUACAUUAUUUGGAAGAGCAAGAUUUGGUUUAGAAGAAAUUGACAUAAUGAAAGAAGAAUUGUGCAAUCAGUGGGUUACCGUUGAAGAAGCCAGGGCACAUUCACCAUCAUAUUUGAUUUCUGAUAGUAGCGGUGAUGGUGAAAAAUGUCCAGAUUCAGGGAUUGAUUUUGCCAUGGAGCAAGUGUCAAAGUCUCAACAGGAUUAUUCAGAAUCUGAAGAUGAGGACCCUUCUUGUCAGCCUGUUGCAUCCCCAAGACAUUUAGAAAGACGUUCAAUCCAGUAUUUACCUAUUGGUGAGUGCAGUUUGUCGCCGGUGGUUGAGGAGCCUGAAAAGUCUGAUGCUGUUGUAGAGUCAGAAUCAAUAAAUCAUGCUGAAAGUUCAAACAUUUGCAUGGUCAGAAGUGGAGAAACAACAGAUUGUCAAAGGGACAUCUUAUGCGUUGUUGGAUCAUCGAAAUGCUUGAACGCUAGUUUGAAGAGGCUUUACAGAUCAAAAAAUGUCCCUGUCCCACGACCCCUCCCGUCCCUUGUUGGACUUUUGAAAUCCGCUAAACGGGUCAAAGUGCAACGUAGCACUGAUUGAGUGAUUGUACAUUUGUCCUGCGUUGACUUCAUGGCGCGCCUUACCUUCAGAUAAGAUUGAGCUUUGCACUGAAGAUAAGAUUGACAUGUACAGAGAUUACCAGAGCCCAGCCGCCCAGAUUACAGCAGUACAGGAGAGGAUUCGUUCAAUUUUUUAAAGCUUAUACAUGUCAUUGUACAAUUUUCAAAAUGUUGUAAAGAAAAUUGAUGUAUUACUAACAUUUUUAAUUUAUACCAGUUGUAGUAAAAUCGAUGUACAAUCCUGAGAUCGCACUGCCAAAUAGAAGUAAUUAGUUAUACAAUUCUGAGGGAUAUUUGCAUCGAUCUGUGUAACACACUUCUGAGGUUGUUUUCUUUGCUCAAAACUGGAUUACGGUAAUAAGGAAAUAAGAUUUUG